AAAUGCCUGCAAUAAACCUUGAACCAAGCCAAUGAUGCUUUCCUUGUUUACAGAAAAAACGUGUAAGAUAAAUUCAGUGGCUCCGAAGCAAAAUUGUACACGAGUUUAGAUGCCUCCAAUGUAAAAGCUUGGCCCAGUGCUGGCAGACAGGUCUAUACUGGUUCCUUCAAACCUGCGUUAGUACCCAAAGUGCAUUCUGAACAGGAGACACCAGCUGCUGAACCAAAAAAACAUAUCAGCAAAAGGAGUACAAAGUGCCAGCCAUCGACAGAUAUCCACAUUGCAGUAUCAAAGAACGAUACAUGUCAGAAAACUAGUACGGUUCUGAAAUGUGAAUUCAAUAUCACUUCCAACUGGAGUGUUGAAUGGCAGUUUAAUAAUACUAAAAUAGUAAACAUAAUAAAAAUGUCUGAGCUCUACAUCACAGAACAAAAUAAAAGUCUGUCCAUCUGUGGAUUGGAUAAGAAGCAUGAAGGUCGUUACCUCUGUAGGGUAAAAACUGAAAACUGUUGUAAAACUGCAGUCUACAACUUAACAUUGUCAGAUAACAGCACAGCAAUACCAGGUACAUCUGUUUACAGCACAUUGAAAACAAGUUUCACAGCCAAACCAGAUACUAGCACAGCAAUACCAGAUACAUCUGUUUAUAGCACAUCAAAUACAAGUUUCACAGCCAAACCAGAGAGCAAUACAACAUUAACAUCUCUGACAAUGACAACAGAAAGAAUGACUACAGUAUCAAAAACUGAAGGAGACAGACAAACAACAGCAAACCCAACAGAAAGUCCAGGUGGAAAUAUGCCCACAAUCAUCCUUGUCAUUGUGGUGGCUGCAAUCUCGAUUACAGGAAUUGUCAUUUUUAUCCUGGUUAGAAGACAACGCACACAACAUGAAAUGCGUGAUAGGAAUGCUCCUAGCACUACUAUUGCAGGACCUGAGGAUCAAAACAAGGAAGUUGUGUACACCACAGUUGCACUAAAUCCAGUACCAAGUUCAUCAAAGCCACAGAUUAAUGAGACAUCUGAGUACGCAACAAUAAAAUGUACUCCUGGAGACCCUACGUCUACUCCAUGAUGGUCAGUGAUGGAUGUGUGAUGUCUUAACAAAAAGAGACUUAUAAGAUCAUUUAGGAAGGCAAUGUUGUAAAGCCAAGAAAAAAAAAACUUUUGUUAAUUAGUCCAAAUGUUGCAUUUGUUUGUAUUAAAGCAUUGGUGUGAAACCACAUGUAACUAAUUACUUUUACAAACCCUUUGGUACAAUUUUUUUGACAAAGUCUGAACUGGAAUAUUUUAUAAUAGUAUUAUUGUUUUUGUACACACAGAAGCACUAUACCACAAAAUUGCCCAUGUUUACCAAUGCAUCCUCUUCUGUCCAAAAUAAAUAAUUAUCCUCCAUUGGGAGUAUAUACUGGC